CUCCUCGCCGGAAGAGGAAGCAGGGGGCGCUCUGGGCGACGUGCUUCCUCCUUUCUUUGUCUCUGAUCAGCUGCGAACUUGCUGGGAUGGCGGUUGGUCUGACCGUUUGCUGCCGUUGGUGAACCCACAGGAAGGCGGUAGUGGUUGAAAGUGAGCAGAUCUCCGCUCACUUCUCUCUGGACCAAAAGGGAAUAAGCCAAUUCCAAAUCCCUCUUAACAUUUUUGAGAUAACAAAGCAUUCAAAUGAACUUCAGAUAUCAAUAGACAAUGCUAAACUUGACCCAAAGGAAAAACUAAAUCAAUGAAUGGAGCAUGGAAAGACCAUGAACACCAACAAUAAUUGUUCAGGUGAAAAACCCUUCAGAAGGGUGAAGCAGUAUAAAUGCCAGCCAUGUGGAAAGAGCUUCAGCCAAAGGAGUACUCUGACCUCACAUCAAAGAACCCAUACCGGGGAGAAACCUUAUGAAUGCAUGGAAUGUGGAAAAAGCUUCAAUCGGAGUUUUUCCCUUAGGUUACAUCAAAGGACUCACACAGGGGAGAAGCCAUAUAAAUGCAUGGAAUGCGGAAAGAGCUUCAGUGGAAGCAAUCACCUCAGGUCACAUCAAAGAACACAUACAGGGGAGAAACCAUAUAAAUGCAUAGAAUGUGGAAAGAGUUUCAGUCGGAGUGGUGUCCUUAGGAUACAUCAAAUAACUCACACAGGCGAGAGACCAUAUAGAUGCAUGGAAUGUGGAAAAAGUUUCAGUUGGAGUGGUUUCUUUAAGUUACAUCAAAGAACUCAUACAGGGGAGAAACCAUAUAAAUGCAUAGAAUGUGGAAAGAGCUUCAGUUGGAAUUGUACUCUUAGUUUGCAUCAAAAAACUCACACAGGGGAGAGACCGUAUAAAUGCAUUGAAUGUGGAAAGAGCUACAGUAAGAGUGAUCAUCUUAAAUCGCAUCAAAGAACCCAUACAGGGGAGAAACCAUAUAAAUGUAUGGAAUGUGGAAAGAGCUUCAUUUGGAGUGGUGACCUUAAGUCACAUCAAAGAACACAUACAGGGGAGAAACCAUAUAAAUGCUUGGAAUGCGGAAAGAGCUUCAAUCACAGCAGUACCCUUAGUUCGCAUCAAAGAACUCACACAGGGGAGAGGCCAUAUAGAUGCAUGGAAUGUGGAAAGAGCUUCAGUCAAAGCGGUAUCCUUAGGUCACAUCAAAGAACCCAUACAGGGGAGAAACCGUAUAAAUGCAUGGAAUGUGGAAAGAGCUUCAGCCAUAGUGGUCACCUUAGUUUGCAUCAAAGAACUCACACAGGGGAGAAACCAUAUAAAUGCAUAGAAUGUGGAAAGAGCUUCAUUCGGAGUGAUUACCUCAGGUUACAUCAAAGAGCUCAUACAGGGGAGAAACCAUAUAAAUGCAUGGAAUGUGGAAAGAGCUUCAGUCGGACUAGUGUCCUUAGGUUACAUCAAAAAACCCACACUGGGAGGAAACAUAUGAAUGCAUUGGAUGUGCAAAGCUUUAGUUAGACAAACAGUUCCCAUUAGAGAACUCAGAUAGGAUAGAAACUUUAGGAAUACACAGAAUGUGGCUUGAGCUUCAGUUGAAGAGGUAAUCUUAGCUGUCUGAAGUAUUAAAAAAUUAACGUAAUGGGAGGCAGACUUGAAAACUGCUUUUUGAAAGAUGCAUCAGAGAUGCAUUAAAAGUGAGAGCUGGGGAUAUAGUUACAUUACAUUAUAGCCCCUUGUUUUGGUACAAAAACACCAUUGAUAAGUUAAUAAGGCAGAAGUCACUCAUUCAGUUUUGUGCUGGAUCCCACUGGAAAGAACAGAUAAGCAAAUGCUGAUGUAACGUGAAAUAGAAAAGGGAAAAAAUGGAGAGAAUUUUGAAGUGCCACCUGUGAUGUGUUUUACUUCUAACGUUAAUUAGCAAAGAGAUACAGAUCCUCAACAUCUGAGCUUCUCAGGUUGGGAAAGCGAAGAGGCAACUGGAUAGCUGGAGCCACGAUUGUGGCAAACGGAGCAAACUGUACACGCGCAAGGAGCAUUCCUGCAUGGCCACCACAGACUGUACCUGCCCAGGACAAAUUAGAGCCAGCCCCCUGCGUGCUUCGGCCCACCCAGGAUCAGCCCAUAGACCUAGCCCACAGGGAAGAUGCCUAAAAGAAGGAUGACUCAGGAAGAGACGGUGGGCUUUGAAGAGCGCUGCAUCGUUGCCCCCAUCGCUCUUGAAGGACUGACGCUGAAUAUCACAGUUGACAUUUCUUUCAAAAUCAUUCAUUCAUUUUCCAUUGGGUGAGGGAAAAUCAUAGGGAAGGGGAUUUGAAUCAGGGUAUUGGGGUGAAUAAAAAUACAACCAAAGAUGGAGAAGCUC